CACUCAGUAAGCAGCAAUCGUUAGCAAUGCCAACAAGUGCCGCCACAAAAUUUAAACAUAUAAUAUUCUAGUGCCAGCAAGGUACUUCUUCGUGAUAAUUUUCCCACAAUUGGCGAAGAAUGAAUUGGAAAAUUUUUUAAUCAAAUUACAAAAAACAGUGUUUUACGAAAUUUUUGAUAAAAAUUUAAAUUUAAAUUCGUUUAAAAAUGACAAUGUGCGAAUUGGAAUCGCUGCUGUAUCGUAAACGUAACGUAGUGUACGCCUUUGUGCGUCACAAGCUUAUGUUGCUAUUUAAGCAGUCGUUGAUACGCGUGCAGUCAGCUGAAGGCAUAAAGCGUAUCGAAAUAUCACCGAAAGCUAACUUGAAGGAGCUCUUCGAAAUGGUGCAUCAAAGUCUUAAAGUUGAUGGCUUUGGACUCUUUAAGGAGCGCAACUUUCUUACAGAGUUACACUCUAGUAAUUCGCAAAAAAUAGGCUCCUGUUUGAAACAUGGUGAUAUGCUAUUUUUAAAGAAAAUUGCUGGUGGGUCGAUACGUCGCACCAGUACUACAGCGAUUGAUGACUUUGAAACCUCGAGCAUCAAUAUACCGCCAGUAAAUAACAGUAAACAAUUUCAACCGUCUGCAGCUGUCGUAGAGGAUGAAGUGGAUCAAACGUUAUCAAAAAUGGAUGGCUCAAUUGAACGUCCACGUGAUGCAAAACUUUGCCGUCACAAUGCUAAUGGUCGUUGUGUACAUUGCUCACCAUUGGAACCGUACGAUGAUAACUAUUUGAAAGAACAAAAAAUUAAACAUUUAUCUUUUCAUUCGUAUAUACGCAAACAAAAGUCGGGCAUUGAUCGCGGCAAAUAUGUAGCCUUCGACGAUAUUAAUUGUCGCAUAAAGCCAGGCUGUCGUGAACAUCCCCCAUGGCCCAAAGGUAUCUGUUCCAAAUGUCAGCCAUCGGCUGUAACCUUAAAUAGGCAAAUUUAUCGACAUGUUGAUAAUAUAAUGUUCGAGAAUCCAACUAUUGUUGAGCGUUUUCUGGACUACUGGCGUACUACAGCCCAUCAGAGAAUGGGUUAUCUGUAUGGCACUUAUGAAGUGCACGCCGACGUACCGCUUGGUAUACGUGCAACUGUUGCAGCUAUUUAUGAGCCACCGCAAGAAUCAACACGUGACGCUAUCAGAUUGCUGGACGAUGAAGCAGGUACCGAGGUGGAUGAAUUAGCUCAGGCUUUGGGUUUGAAAAAAAUUGGUUGGAUUUUCACUGAUCUCAUAACUGACGAUCCAGCUAUUGGCAGUGUAAAACAAUUGCGUGGUAUUGAAACACAUUUUCUCACUGCACAAGAGUGCAUCACAGCUGGCGAGUUACAAAAUCGUCAUCCAAAUCCAUGUAAAUAUGGUUCUAGCGGUUAUUUUGGUUCGAAAUUUGUCACAGUGUGUGUAACAGGUGAUAAUAACAAGCAAGUGCAUACAGAAGGUUAUGCUGUUUCAGCUCAAUGUAUGGCUUUGGUGCGUGAUAAUUGUUUAAUACCCACCAAAGAUGCACCCGAAUUGGGUUAUGUACGUGAGUCGUCUGAUAAACAAUAUGUUCCAGAUGUUUAUUAUAAGGAGAAAGACCAAUACGGCAAUGAAGUACAGCGUUUGGCGCGUCCUCUGCCUGUUGAAUAUCUGCUUGUGGAUGUGCCCGCCUCCACGCCACUGCAGCCACAAUUCACAUUCACACAAUACAAGAAACGCGGUGAACCAUUCCCGGUGGAGAAUCGUUACCUGGAUGGACAUUUGCAGGAUUUCACUGCGUUAAGCACGUAUCUCUCCCACUGGACGGAUCAGGAAUAUCUCGAAGCCAUUUCAGAUUUUCAUUUGUUGCUGUAUUUGUUUAGAAUGGACACGGUGCCGUUGCGUGCACACAUGGGGCCACUGCUGGAGGCCGUACGCACCAAAAAUGCCGAACUGGCAUACAGUUUUAAGGCAAGCGAACCGUGGAAGCUCUUGGAGUCGCUCAUACACGCGAGCAUCGGCGGCGGCGUCGGAAGCGGUCCGUCUGCUGGUCGUACAAGCGCUGCCAACACCGCGGGCUCCACCACUGGCGCCGGUGCUGCUGGUGCGAACAAUCAGUGGCAAUGCAAUCACUGCACCUUCCUUAAUCCUAGCGAAUUGAACUCCUGUGAGAUGUGCUCGCUGCCCAGAUAAACACCUCGUCGCUCUUCAUGCUCUCGCCGUCAUCGUUGCCGCCGUUGCUGUGUGUGCGCGCAAUUUCAGAUCCGUUUGUUUGGUUCAUUUGCUUUAUGGUGAACUCCCCUAUUCAAAAAAAAAAAAAUAAAUAAAAUAAAAUAAAAAUAAAAACAAAAAUAAUAAAAUACAGUUGCAGAAUCUUUGAUUGACAAGAUUUGAUUAAUUCGUUUACAUGUGUUAAAAUAAAACCAAAAAAAAAAAAAAAAAAACAAAAAAAAACCCUACACAAUAGAAUAGAAGAACAUGAAGCAUAAUAUUAUGUAAUACACCCUGAUCGUUUGUGAUUUAUUUAAAAAUAAAUUUAAUAAAAUUUUAUAUAUAUUACAC